GAGACGUGCUCACGCUUAGCGGGUGUCGAGGUGUUUUGUGUUUGAGGGCGGGGAGUGGAGCCUAGAAGGGGGGUCCUGGAUGCUGGAGCGAACAUAUUAAGCGCGUCACUUGGUUGCGUGGACGAGCGCGAGGUGAUGGCUGACGGUGGUUAGGCGCGUGGGUCGACCUCUGCUCUUCGGUCUCUGGGGGAGAGGCUUCCCUCCUCCCACCACUCCGCCCCUCCUCCCUCCUUCUAGGCCACCUGUAUGGACCGCCGGGACUCGGGCGUGAUCCAGUCACCCGCGUUCCCCUCCGGGUACCUGAAGUGGUUCACUCAUGACGACGACGACGACAUGACGGUGGAGAAUAUGCCGGAGGGGGCUACGCCGACCCAAAGUCAGAACCUGCACCACUUUGGUCGGUACGAGCUGGGCUGCUGCGAGCGCGUGGUCAUCAACAUCUCCGGUUUGCGCUUCGAGACGCAGCUGAAAACUUUUAACCAGUUCCCGGAGACGCUGCUCGGCGACCCCCGCAAGAGGAUGCGCUACUUUGACCCCCUCCGGAACGAGUACUUCUUCGAUCGCAACCGACCCAGCUUCGACGCAAUCCUCUACUACUAUCAGUCCGGCGGGCGCAUCCGGAGACCCGUGAACGUGCCCAUCGACAUUUUCUCCGAGGAGAUUCGCUUCUAUCAGCUCGGCGAGGACGCGAUGGAGAAAUUCCGAGAGGACGAAGGCUUCAUCCGGGAGGAGGAGCGCGUCCUGCCCAAGAAUGAUUUCCAGAAACAGAUCUGGCUCCUGUUUGAGUACCCGGAAAGCUCGGGUCCGGCGCGGGGCAUCGCCAUCGUGUCCGUGCUCGUCAUCCUCAUCUCAAUCGUCAUCUUCUGCAUGGAGACCCUGCCGGAGUUCCGCGAGGAGCGCGACCAAUCGGCGCAGCUCAGCCGCAAUUCCAGCAUGAUCGGCGGCGUCCCCUCGUACGCACCGAGCCCCUUCACGGACCCCUUUUUCGUCAUCGAGACCCUGUGCAUCAUCUGGUUCUCCUUCGAGCUCCUCGUGCGCUUCUUGUCGUGCCCCAGCAAGACUUCCUUCUCCAGGAACAUCAUGAACGUCAUCGACGUGGUGGCAAUCAUCCCUUAUUUCAUCACGCUGGGCACCGAGCUGGCCGAGACGGAGAGCAACGGGGGCCAGCAGGCCAUGUCACUCGCCAUUCUUCGCGUUAUCCGCCUGGUGAGGGUCUUCCGGAUUUUCAAGCUCUCGAGACAUUCCAAGGGGCUCCAGAUCCUGGGGCAGACCCUCAAGGCCAGCAUGAGAGAACUGGGCUUGCUCAUUUUCUUCCUCUUCAUCGGCGUCAUCCUCUUCUCCAGCGCGGUUUACUUCGCCGAGGCGGACGACCCCACGUCGAGCUUCAGCAGCAUUCCAGACGCUUUUUGGUGGGCGGUGGUCACCAUGACGACGGUGGGCUACGGCGACAUGCACCCGGUGACCAUCGGGGGGAAGAUCGUGGGUUCGCUGUGCGCCAUCGCAGGCGUUCUGACCAUCGCGUUGCCCGUGCCGGUCAUCGUGUCCAACUUCAACUACUUCUACCACCGCGAGACGGACGCCGACGACCUGCCGCCGUGCGCCCUGAACGCCAGCUGCGACCACCUGCCCGGCGCGGAGCUACUACAGCCGCGGGGGUCGUGCGCUUCUUCCGCCACCCUCGGAAAGGGAGGCUACGCCGGAGUGGAGGAGGGCGUCAAGCAGCCUCAUUUCAACAGCCAGAACUGCGUGAAUAUCACCAAGAUGUUUACCGACGUCUAAAGUGGAACACUGGGACAAAAGUAGCAACAUUGUUUUUUUUAAGUGUGUUAAUAUGCUUUUUUAGUCAUGUCUGCGGGGAGUAAAUGUCCGUCUUUUUUCAAAAAUUUAUCCAACAAGCAAUGAUAAGCUAUCAUUUUCCACAUGAUAUACAUUACUCAUAAAAAGUUAGCUGACAUUGGGCAUUUGGGUGAAAUUUUAGAAGGAACCAAAAAUGCGCUGGAAACUUUUCAGGUGAACUUAUUUUGACCUCUAAACUUCAACUCUUCGAUGUAAUGGCCCUUUUUGCACAACUUGCUGUUGUUUCAACAAGAAGCCGAAAAACCAAAUUAUUGACCAAUGCUGUACAUUUCCUGGUUAAAUUCAAAUUAAACAGGCCUCUUCAUCAUGCUGUUCACAUUUUGACAAACACGAUCAACAGUACUGGCCACUCAAAUGAGAAUGACAACCAAGUCAUCAGCCGAUUGCAACAAAACAAAAGACUGGAGAAGUCACCGAAAGUGGACAUCUUUGGAUAUUGGGCCAUGGCUCAAACACCUACAUAUUGUAAAUUGUGCCAUUCAGUUCCAUAUUAGAAAACAGCAAGUUAUGCAAAAAGUGCGGAAACACUUAACAAUUCAAUACAUAAGUUAAAAAAAACAAAAUGAGGUUGUGCUCUAUUUUAGAUUCAUCCUCUAAUUUCACCCCAAAACUGUACACCCCAAUCUAUUUAAAGUUAAUCCGUAGUAUUAUGAUUAUUGAUCCUAAUUUACAUUUUGAAGUGUUUGUUUUAUGAGAAAAUAUAUAAGAUCAUUGGCUUGCUUAAUGUGAAGAUAUACAUGUUCCCUGAUGGUGCCUAUACAUAUCUCGUGUGUGGGGAAGGGUGGGGGGUUGUUGACUGGGUACCGAAUCUGUACAUUCAUAGGCCAUUUUAUUAGGCACACUCGCACUGAUAAUAUUUCCCAAAUAUUAUUGAUCCAGAGCACCUAUUUUACAUUAGAUAAAUCUCAUGGCACACCACCAAACAAAACUAUUACAAAAAAUAAAUCUCACAAAUAUGCGUGUUCCUGACAGCAGCAGGUUAAUUGUGUACCUUCUGCCAUCUAGUGGAAAAAACAUUUAACUGUUCUGCGUGUGACUCGACAGGCACUGGAAUGAAUGGAUGAACAAAAAA